GGUAGUCGAUAAGUGUGUAUAGUUUCUCAUAAGAAUAAACAUAAGUCUUAAACAUUUUAAAAUUAGUUAAAACAAUUACACAAGGAUGAAAUUUCGCUUUUGUGGCGAUGGCGAUUGUCCUGAUUGGGUUUUGGCCGAAAUCAUUUCUACACUCUCGAAUCUGAGUGUCGAAAAUGUGGAGCAACUGGCACAGCUGGUGGCCAAGCGCAUUAUCGGUGAAGCCUUUGAAGAAACGACUAUCAGAUCUUUGACAUCGACUGCCACAAAUGAUGGCAAAACAGCUGUGGCAUGCGUGCACUACAUGCUCACAAAUGCGGCGCGCUAUAGCUGCACAGAGGCAAUCUUCAAUGAGGAAAUACAGCAGCUGGGCCUACCCAAGGAUCAUGCUAUGGCUAUGUGUCGAGUGCUGCAAGCAAAUGCGAUGGCUAUACGGCAACAACUUAUAGAUAAGGCAUUUAGAAUUAAUGAGUUGCAAAGCAUACGAAACGUUACCUCACCUGGCGAAACACCUCCAAACUGUGCGACAUUGGAACUUAAAAUCUCGCAGGAAUUGGUCGAUGGAUUACCUAAGGAUACCACGCAUAUAGUUAAUAUUGAGUGUGCACAGUUGGGCGCUCUGCUCGAUGAAAUGAAAUUGGCUCGUGAUAUUAUGCUUAAAUACGAGAAUAAGCAAAGUGCGUAAAAAUAAGCAAAAUUAGAAAAUAGUAGAACUGCGAAGUACUUUAAACUGUGUUGCAGUUGUCUAUUGCAACUGCUUGCACAAUUGUUCAUUAACCUCGCUGGCAAUUAUUUGUUGUGCAAAUC